UCAUAAACAUAACACAACACAGAACCCUGCGUAUCCAACAAAUCUCCCAACUUCACACUUCCCGCAAUGACGCCCAAAUCCACCUCAAAAUCCAACGUAACAUUCACACCACCAUAAUCCAACAUUUUCACCGGUCCCCCAACUUCAUGCAAUCUCUUCUCAGGAUCCUGUUUCUGCCACAGCCACAAAAUACUAUCCAAAUUCGUAUGAUGCAGAUAAAACAAAGGUUCGCCAGGACUAUUAUAGAUACUCCCUGCCUGGCCCAACAAUCCUCCGACGGCAAAGUGACCUCCAGUGUGAAUAUUCGGAUACCUGGGAUCCGGCAGACCUUCGAUGGCGCGGUCGAAAGAGGUAUAGUCGGGUUGAGCGAGAAUGAGUUCGAUUCUCUCGGGUAAAGUGAAAUAGUUGAAAAUCCGAGGGGAGAAAUCGCGUUUCAAGCAAGCGCCGGGUCCGUCUGUGCGGUUGACGUUGACGGAGAAAUGAGGGAGAGUGAAGGGUCCGUCGAGAACACAUCCUCCUCCUGUGCGACUUAAUUCUCCUGUGAAAUUGUAGGGGUCGGGUGUGGAUCCUGUUUCGACGUAGGCGCCAUUGCCACCGAAACCGAUGGUGGGGGAAAACACGUCGGUUUGGUAGCCUGCCAUGGAGAAGUUGUCGGUGUGGGAGGCGUCGCGUGAAUAGUCCCAAUAUCUGUGCGAUGGUGUGUGUGUUUUCAGUGCCUCCCGAUCUUGGAUGGUGUGACGACUUUUCUGGUUUCUUUCCAGUGGGUUCGGGGUUCGACUUACGGCUGAGCCCCUGGAUAUCCGCAUACUUCCCUCAACGUGCGCUCAUAUUGGGACACCAUGUAGCGAUGCCAUAAUAGGAAGUGACCCACAAAGUGUAUAGAGAGUGUCUGAUUAUGGUGGACGGCUUGGAAGUCAUCGUAUCUAUUGAUAGGGUGGACCCAAGGGUUGUCCUUGAACUGUUCUUUGGUGAUAGCGGGAUGCUGCUGCAGACACAAUACUGCAUCGAUGUACGCUUUUUUCUCAAUUGUUGAAAGACUUCGCCAUUCCUUCCUGACGAGUGGAUUGGUACAUGUCGAGGACGUUCCACGCUGUGUGAUCACUGCAGCUUCUGCAACGUUGAGUGACAAUAGCGCUAGGAGGGUCCCCUGAAACAAAACUGCCCACAUUGUCGCUUGAAUUGACCGCACGUCGUACAACACCAAACUGAUCGUUUGGAAUCUGGAGUGGGUCUCGACGCGUUAUAAGCAUCGAGAUAGGCGUGUAAAGGGCGGGGAAGGGCUUCGAUUGACAUACUGGCCAUAAUGAUGAAUCGGCGACCUCGAGCGGUACGUAGUUUGUACUAGAAUGAUAGGGAAGUGCCCGAGCUGGGGUGCCUAGCAAGAUGUCACUGUAGUCUAUACCGUAGAAUCGGGGCGAGCAUGGCGUCAAGGUUGUUGUGACGAUGCUUCUCGGAAAUCCAUUACUUGGUAGUUGGUGCUACCACUCGUGGGUCGUGCUUAUGCGUUCGAUCCAAUGCAAUUGUCGCAUCUUGGAUGCAAAAAGCCCAGUCCCAUCUCCUCUCCGGAGCACGCUAGGACCCACUAGAGAAUAGUGACCCCGCAAGAGUGAACGACCUUAUAAGCGCUACUGAGGUAAGCCUUGAGGCUCACCGAAGCUUAAUAAGUAUCUUAUAUCUCUUGACUCGCUUCUGGUGUCAUGUGAGUUCCGCCCUGGAAGAGUACCCGAGGGAGGCUACCGCUAGUGCAGGCUACAUUUCUAGUGCAGGCUGCCUUUCUAGUGCAGGCUGCUUCCUGGUGCAGGCUUCCUUUUGCUGGUGGAGAUAGGAGGUAACUCCUACUGCUGCCUGUAGGAGGAGGUGGUUUCACAAAUCCGAUCCAUGAUAUGAAAGCUCAAAGAUCGACAAGGAAUCUUGCCGGAAUGCCGAGUUCCGAAGAAUAAGACAAACAUGGGGGAGCUGGUAAAUGAUCCCAGCUUUCGACGAGGCACCUUCGUAAAAGAAUCUAGGCUUUGGAGCAAGCUCAGUGUGGCGUUCGGAAAUCGAAUUCCAUCAACACUUAGACAUCUUCCAGUCUCGAUUUCUGCUUCGCAAACCUCGUCUUAUUCAUCAUCGUCCAUACAUCGCCGCACGCAGACAAGUCAUCGUCGUCGCCGUCGUCUCCAUUAGGGCCAGAUGAUUAUCACGGUACAACCCAAAGCAUGGAGGCGUUCAAAGUCGUUCUAUAAUAGCGCCUACUGCUCCGCAAAAGGUUCACGCGCCAUUCAACGUUCUUCAUUCCAUCGCUCACGAGAGAGAAAGACGGCAGCGUUGCGGUCGAGAGGAUAAGGCGCCAAGAGAUUUUCACCAAUGAUGGACGAUCUUGUUUUGAGCCCUGGCUACCAAGCGACCCCCUCACCCCACUUUACAAGGAGCCAGGAGAGGAGAGAUAGGCCUGACCGGCCAUGGAGAGAGAUAAGUCCACCACUUUGCAGGCAACACAAUCACGUGUUUAUUGCGAUCUCUCACCGGGGUCGUAGAGCAGAUUUGAAAAGAUGGAAGGCCAACCAGCUCCCGGGGGGGUUAUAUCGAUCGUCCACAGCUUUCCUUUCGACACUCUACACAUUUUAUUGAUUCCAUUCCAUCGCAUCGAAAAAAUCCUGCGAUCAAGAGGGAAAAAAGAUUGAAUCAUGGACUCCAUUCCCGGAGAAGGAAAGCAAAACGCUAAUAGCAGCGGUGAAUCCAAAUUCCCCAUGACAGAUGUCACCAAAAGCAGCAGCAACGGCGGAGGCGGCAGCGACAUCGAAAUCGGAGACUCGGAAUCUCUCUCGGGCAACACACACCACCUCCAUCGCAAGCUCGGGUCCAAAGAAGUGCAACUCUUCGCCAUUGGCGGCGCGAUUGGAACUUCGCUGUUUGUGCAAAUGGGCUCCGCACUUCCCAAAGGCGGGCCCGCAGGUCUCUUCAUGGGCUUCGUGAUCUGGGGAGGAGUCAUGCUGAGUGUGAACGAAUGCUUUGCGGAAAUGGUCUGCUAUGCACCCAUCCCUUCGCCAUUUGUGCGGUUGGGUGGGGUGUGGGUGGAUGAGGCAUUGAGUUUUGCGAUGAGUUGGAACUUUUUCCUGAAUAUGGCGCUGCUGGUGCCAUUUGAGAUUGUGGCGUUUAAUAUCUUGCUGGGGUUUUGGACGAGUGCAAUUCCUGUCGAGGCGGUGAUUGUGGUGAUUAUUGUCAUCUACGGGUAGGUGUAGUGUGUGUGCUGGAGAACAGACGCUGACAUUUCCCAGGCUCCUCAACACGGUGUCAGUGAAGUACUUUGGGAUUGCCGAGUCCUACAUGGCCAUCUUCAAGGUCUUUCUGAUCGGAAUCUGUCUGUCCUUCACCUUUGUCACCAUGCUGGGCGGGAAUCCAAUACAUGAUCGCUAUGGCUUCCGGUUUUGGAAUGAACCCGGCGCAUUCGUCGAGCACCUGGUUCCAGGAUCCACCGGGCGAUUCCUGGGGGUGUUGUCCUGCAUCGUGCAAGCCACAUUCACGAUUUGUGGCCCAGAGUACAUUGCCAUGGUUGCUGGUGAGACAGCCAGUCCUCGCAGAGUGCUUCGAAAAGCGUAUCGAUCGUUUGUCUGGCGCAUGCUCUUUUUCUUUGUAUCAUCGAGUCUGGCAAUGGGCAUCGUCAUUCCAUACAACGACGAAACCUUGAGCGCCGUGCUGAGUGGUGAUGUUGCUGGAAGCGGUACCGGGGCAGCAAGUCCAUAUGUCAUUGCCAUGAACCGAUUGAAGAUUUCCGGAUUACCGCACCUCGUCAACGCUUUGAUCAUGACGUCUGUCCUCAGUUCCGGUAACGGCAUUUUCUUUGCUGCGACGAGGACUCUGGACGGCAUGGCACUCGCUGGUCACGCACCCGCCUUCUUCUCUCGGACUCUCAAGAAUGGCGUACCUGUGUUCUCGGUGUUUGCCAUCCUCGCCAUCUGCUGCCUGGCCUUCUUACAGGUGAGCGCGUCCAGCGCAAAGGUUUUGACGUGGCUUGUAGAUUUGAUUACGGCUGCACAGCUGUUGAAUUACUUUGCAGUGGCUUUGACAUACCGCCAUUUCUAUGCAGCAUUGAUCAAGCAGGGCGUAGAUCGCAGGACAUUGCCAUACCGCGGCAAGUUCCAGCCGUACACAUCACACAUUGCCAUGACGGGCUGCAUGAUCAUGAUGCUCCUCCUGGGCUACGACCUGUUCAUUGUGGGCGGCUGGAGCACGACCUUCUUCUUUCUGGACUACACCUUUCUAGCCGCAUUUCCAAUGGCCUUUGUCAUCUGGAAGGUGGUGAAGAAGACCAGAUACGUCAAAAUGGGCACAGCAGAUCUGAGUGUGGGUGGCCUAGUACGAGAGAUUGAUCUGUACGAGCAAUUGCAGCCAGAAGUGCGCAGUAAAGGGCUAUGGUCCAGCGUGCGCUCAAGGAAGCUGGCUUCUGGAUGAUUCUAGGGGUAAACAAGGGACACAUACGAGCCUUUGCAUUGCAUCCCACAUGUACUGCAGUAGUGUAUUGUAGAAAAGUCGCUCGGUCGCCUUUUCGGUAGACUGGGGCACUCCGUCUUGUGAGUACGCGAGACUUGGACGAGCGUAUCAGCCAGAUAGAGGCAUGAGUAUGGCGACGGGAGAUAAGUCAGGCGUAUGAAUGCAGCAAAAUAGUAUGCAGGUCCAGUCGAAUCAGCGCUUCAGUCUUAUCGUUGUCCCCUCCCAUGUGACUGGUCCGCCAAGGGACCUCGAAGUGUGGGAUGAGAGGUGAUAAGUGGAGCAGAUCAGGUGCCCGCCCAUUCCUCGGAACUCACGUGUGGCGCCAUGAAGUCGUGGUUGAUGCCUUGGUGGUGAGGAUGCAGUGUGACUCGUUGUAGGUGGUUGUGCAUGUGUUUCUGGCAUCAAAAUCAAAGGUGCUUUGUUGUCUGACGGUUCUGUAAGAAUCAGGUAGCAA